CAGCUUAGUUUGUGCCGAGCAACCAAGCGCGUAGCAGCAUACAGCGAGCAUAAGGCGCUUUAUGGGCAACGCAAAACAACAAUAGACCUUCUCUUUAGGAAAAUGAUAUUCUGAAUAUUUGUCCCGAGAAUCUAUAUUCUAACUUUCAAACAUGCAACAAACUGUCCAGGUUUUCUUGUUCCUGGGUUUAGCCUGCAGUAUUCAAGCACAGUCAGGAUUAUCCGGUGGAAGAAGUUCAGCAUCGACCAACAGUGUUUCUGAUCGGAGUAACCCCGACAGUGUUCCUGGUCGGAGCAACCCAGAAAGUACGAAACCUAUCCGGUUCAUUUCAGACGACGAAGCAAGAAGAUCGAGUUUUAUUUCCUCUAAUCGCUCUCCUCCUCCUACUCCUAGAUCUGGGUUUAAACCAGCUCAACGAGACCCAUCACCCAGGGUGUCUUCUACCCUGAUAGAUGAACAUGAUGAUGAACCUCUACCCUCUGGACCUACCAGAAUCCCUGAUCUGCCAUCAGGGCCAACCAGAAGGCCUGGUCAACCUACCCCUAGGACUGAUGUUCCAUCUAUCGGUAUUCCCAGAGAUGUUUUUAGCUCUCUACCCCUUCUUACAACACCUAGACCCAGUACUGAGACUCCACGUUCCAACGUGAAUUUUCUUCUGAGUCCUCCAAGAGGACAACGAUUCCGACCUGAUCCGGACUUUACUCCACCAAGCCAACAUGGCGUCUUUGUGACGUCAGACCUGGAUAUUCUGGACCAAACCAAACUGUUUACAAACAUGGACCCAAAUCAGGAACAGUUUAUAAAGGCACCGCUUCUAAAUGCCGGGGCCCUGCCACUAGCGUUUCAAUCCAAUAUUCCUCUUAAUCUCUAUCCUCCAUUCAACAAUCAGCCCUGAUACCGGAGUAUAAUAUAAAGCACAUUUAUUUAUUAUUAUAAAUAUUAUGUUUUGACAUGUUCUUAUGUUCUGAAAUAUAGUUAUUGAAGGUGUUC